CUCGGCGGCCGGGAAAGGGGGCUUUUCCGCUGUCUCUUUAUCGGUCAGGGGAAGUGAAAGACGAGAGCCACAUUUACCCACCAGCCGAGCACAAAGCCCGUGAAAGGAAUACGGCGGAACACAGUCAGCGCACAUAGGAGUCACGCUGCAACACCACGACAAUCAAGGGACAUGAUUCCACAGCAGCCGAUCAAGCCUUGGUUGGACUCGAAGCGCGCAGCACUUUUGGCCAAGGAGAAAUUUAAAAUGACAGCCGACAACGUCACUGAACUAGUCAGCUACGAUGAUCGGAACUUCAAAGUGCAGCUUGCUAGGAAUGACCCUGAAUGGGAGAGGUACCCGCACGGAUUUGUACUCAAGGUCACCAACUGGGUCGAAAGUCAGCAAACAGAUUUCCUCGAGUCGGUGUCGCGGCUCAUGACCGAAGUGAGUGCGGAAGUUCCAUGCCAGCUGCCUGUGCUCUCCAAGGAGGGACGCCACUUCGUCAAAGAUCAUUUCUCCAUCGGAGGCCCAGAAAGUACAUUUGUGAAGGAAUGCGCAAUCCGGCUGUUCACCUUCCUGCCCGGGCGCACGAUAAGCCGCAGACAAGUGAACGACCGUAUGUGCCUUACCUGGGGUGGUCUCUUGGGAAGAAUUCAUCGAGCCAUCAAGGAGCCCGAGCGGUACCCAACGCUGCUGCGUCGCUACACUCCGUGGAGCCUGUGGAGCGUCGCCGAGUUAGACGGCCUGCUGGACAGCACCAUCAGCAAUUGCGAGGACAAGGCAUUAGUACGGAGCGUGCUUGCAUCAUUCGCCAAACUGGAGCCAAAGCUGCGUUCUUUGCCAAUGGCUGUUCUUCACGGCGACUUGAACGAAAACAACGUGCUGACGAGCCCAAUGGGCGGACAACGAGAACGAAGAUGACGAAGUGUAUGGGGUGCUGGACUGGGGUGACGUUCAUGGUGGUGCACGGGUGAUGGACCUGGCCGUGCUGCUGACGUACGUGCUUAUGGCGCCCUCUUCUCUCGACCGAUCGUCCGAAGAGAACGCCGGAUUAGCACUCACCGGAUAUCUACAGCACGUGCCUGAUGAGGCGGCGAACCUGCCCUUGUUAAAGACGCUGGUGGCUGCCAGGCUGUGCCAGUCCGUGGUGAAAGGAUUGGAGGCAUUUCAAAAGAAUCCCGAUAACAAGUACGUGUUGGACACACAAGGAAAGCGGAUGGCGUUGCCUGCGCAGGCUUUGGGACACUCCGGAUGAGCAGCUGCUGGCCACGUGGAGCCGUGUCAUUGACGGACCCCAUUGAACGACAAUCACAGUGCUUUGUCGACAUCCAAUAAAAUCAGCUCUGGCAUA